GAAGCCAUAUCAACACAGCCGGUGCGUUUUAUUCAUCCGUGUCUUUCGCCGCUCCCGCAAAGAUGUUUGCAAGAAAAUUCUUCGUCGGUGGAAACUGGAAAAUGAACGGCGAUAAAGAAAGUCUGGGCGAGCUGAUCAUGACCUUGAACACAGCCAGUUUGCACGAUGAAACGGAGGUGGUGUGCGGAGCUCCCUCCAUCUAUCUUGACUAUGCAAGAUCUAAUCUGGACCAAAGGAUCGGUGUGGCCGCCCAGAACUGCUACAAAGUUUCCAAAGGAGCCUUUACUGGGGAGAUCAGUCCGGCAAUGAUUAAAGACUGCGGCGUCGACUGGGUGAUUCUGGGGCAUUCUGAAAGACGGCACGUUUUUGGCGAGAGCGAUGAGCUGAUUGGUCAGAAGGUGGCCCACUGCUUGGAGAGUGAUCUGGGCGUGAUCGCCUGCAUUGGGGAGAAGCUGGAGGAGAGAGAGGCUGGGACAACUGAGGACGUGGUGUUUGCUCAGACCAAAGUCAUUGCAGACAAUGUGAAGGACUGGUCUGGUGUAGUUCUAGCGUAUGAACCAGUGUGGGCCAUUGGCACUGGGAGAACUGCCUCCCCUGCUCAGGCUCAGGAGGUGCAUGAAAAGCUGAGGGGGUGGCUGAGAGCAAAUGUGUCAGACGCAGUCGCCGACUCCGUGCGCAUCAUCUAUGGAGGCUCUGUUACUGCAGCCAACUGCAAAGAGCUUGCGGCCCAGGCUGAUGUCGAUGGCUUCCUGGUGGGAGGAGCUUCUCUUAAGCCUGAGUUUGUUGACAUCAUAAAUGCACGCUCAUAAAGAUUCUCGACCAUUCGACGGUCCAACACAGUAACAAUUGCUGUCACAUUGCACAAUCAGUAUUUACCAGAUUCUUGUCAUUCUAGCAGGUCUGUAAGCACUAGUUAUUGCACCACAGAGGCAUUUAUAUCUGUUUGACAAUGUGCUGGUCAAACAUGACGGUUUUGAACUGCCAUGUUAACAUUCUCUACUUAAUAUAUCUGAAAACAAAUGUUAAACGUUAAUAUUUGCUGCUGCACCUGAACAAACUUGUCUUAUACACUUGGACAUUUCACUACUUGAAGUCUAACAUGAUUUGCUGUAGUCAAAACUGUACAAGACCAGCGUUGUAUGUUUGAUUGAUUUUAAGACUUUGAGCCUCUGUAGAAACUCCUACCUCUGUAAGAAAAUCUCAUCUUUUUUCUGUCCACUCAUUGUGUAUUGUCCAGCUUUAAUAUGUGUAGUUCUUGGUGCUUGUCUAGAAUGAAUUGUGUGCGUACAAUAAAGUCUAGAUGUAUAAAGCUAACUCUGGUUUCUAAGUGUGCACUUUCUACAUUAUAAAUUAUUUAAUCAAAUUUUAGUUGGUUUUAAAUGGUGUAGUAUUAGACUAUUUAUGAGCCUAGCUGAUCUAAAGCAGAUUUAAAAGAGCAUUAAUCUACCAUGAACACUAAUGCACAUCAGAUUCAUGCUUUCAUAUGACAAAAAUAUUUUAUUAAAUAUCUUGUAAACUAAAACCAUUCAAUUCAGUGUGGCAUUUCAUGUAAGGAUGCUUUACAUACGAGGACUGACUUUUAAGAUGGCGGCCGAAAAAAGAAACGUAAACCCAUUUGAAACCCUCACUUUCUUAUAUCUUAAUGUUAGAUAAUUGACUGAACUUUAAAGCUCCAGUGUGUAAUAUUUCGCAGCAUCUAGUGGUGAGGUUGUGAAUUGCAACCAACGACUCGCUCCACCGCUGGCCCCCCAUUCCAAGAUAAUAAAAACAUAACGCUUCAUUAUGUAAGGUCUUUAUACACCUCUGAGGAUGUAGUUAUGUAUAUUACAUUGCAUUUCUGUCAGUAGAUCCUCCAAAAAAAUACACACCGCACCUUUAAAAGAAGGAAAAAAUGUGCUUUUAAAGAAUAGAAAAAAAACACACGCACAGACUCAAGACUGACGAAAGUAAUGACAGCUUUAAUUCCAUAUUUUUUUAACAGGCUUGUCAGUUAUUUGUUUUUUUACUCUCCAUCUUGCUUUUCCUUUUUUACCACAAUAAUCCCACGAAUGGAGAAAAUGAGUAGAUAGUCAGCGGGGGGAG